CACCAACCGCAAGCCACAUGUACAUGCACCGACUGCAUCAACGACAGACUAGUGGGAUGUAAGAACCCCCAUCAAUGUGCAAAGACCGCACAACACAUACUAGAUAGCCUCCUACCAAAAUAUAACCCCAAUACGACUCCUAAAAAAGACCACUUAACACUAACACACAGACACCUAGAAAAAAACACACAAGCUCGCACACAACCACAGGGAGAAAUCCUCUUCAAUCCCUCCAUCACAAUCCGGAACAGCCUGACAGACUGCUUUCGCAUUUUCGUAGACUCAUCGAGACCGAUAGAAAUACCUGCUUACAGACUAUGUGUCCCACUCAAUGGAAGAUAA